ACAUGACCGAAGAGCAGAGGAAAAGACGGUUUCCUCUAAACUUUCCAAUUAUUUGUUUGUUAUUCCUUGUUUUAUGCAGUAUACAGCUAGUUGAUGGGAAUGGGUUGGUGUAUUUCCAAGAUUUUGUUCCAUCAGCCAUGGAGAGGCACAUCAAGUCGUCCAGACACUUGCCUAUUUGCAUCUUGUUUAGGAACACUGCAACUGAAGGAUCUAAGCUAGAGAAACAUAUUUAUACCUUAUGGAAAAAUGAAUCAAGCAGUUACAAAGACUGGCAAUUUGGGUCUUAUUCAUUUGAUAGACAUGAAUUGGUGAGGGAGAGAAAACCAGAGCACAUGCCAGCAGUCAAGUGUUAUCUGGGACAGUCUUCAUCAUAUCUGUAUGAAGGAAAAUCAAAAAAAUCACUCCUCAACCAUUGGCUGAAUACAUUAGUUGAUCGACACAGUGAACAGCUGCAGGACGCCUCUCCUGAUCUUGUUAGAGUUGCCAUAGAAACACACAAUAUAACCAUCCUAGCUUUCCCAGAUCAUCAUAAUCAUCACCAUGUGGAAGAAAAGGUAUUCCAGCUCGCUGAGAACACACCCAGUUGUAAAGCCUUCAUCAUACAUCCUUACUCCAUUCACACCAAUGAUUUAAGAGAGAUUUAUGAGGUGCCAGAUAUACCUUCUAUUCUCGUGAUAACGAAAGAUGGUAAAAAAGGGAACAAAUUGAUGCGUCGGUUAUUCUCAAGACAGCAUAUACAGACUGCAAUGUUAGACAUCCACCUGGUAGCUUCACAGAUCAGCUCAAUAAAUCGUUACACUGAAGAAGAAUUUGAGAAGAAUGUGAUGACCUUGAGAGGAACCCGUUACAUCCCCAAGGUUAUAGUUUUCUAUGCCUACUGGGGAGGAAAUGUUAAGGCCUAUCUGUCAGCCUUCAGGAGGAGUGUGGAGGAGUUCCAGGAACUGGGGGUGUCCCUGGAGUAUGGAAUGGUGGACCUGGCACAGGAGGCUGGCAAAAAAUUGGUGUCCAAAUGGAUCAGAAGCAAGGUUGCCAGAAAUGUACCAUUUACCAUACUGUUUCAUACAGAUGAGAGAAAUGACUACCUCAUUCAGGAGGGACUGAUGGAAGACCGCCCCACCCCCUCUGAACUGUACCAGCUGUUCAAAUCAGCCACUGUUAAUAUUACUUACCAAGAUGGGAGAUUAUUCAAUGAUUACCUCCCUUAUGGUCAAACAGAUCCGUCACAGUAUUCUUUAUUGGAUGAGGGGCCAAUGGGCCAUCUUUGUCAUCCCUGGUCACAUAAUAGGACAGACAGCGAUCCACCUGUUCCUGUGGUCAAACAAAUAAAGAAGAAACCACCACCACAAAAGAAACACAUCAAGGAAAAAGGCUGGCAUGAAAGGUUUGGAUCUGAAAAUGUGGACAAAAAGCUGAAAAAAUAUCAUGGAGUUCCCCUUUUAUCACAUGACAUGUGGUCAGAAGUCAUAGAAAUAUCACAUGCUCCCUCACACCCCCUGCUUGGAGGAAAUCAUUGGGCAGGGGAGGUUUCAAAGAUAGCACUGGUAGUAUUUGUGAAGGCUGACUGUAGAAGUUGUGUUAAUAGUCUGGAAACUUUACUGAAGGUGCAAAAAGCACUUCAUUUCAUUGAGGGUGGUUCCUUGUACUUGGUGAAUUGUACUGUGGAGCAUGAACUGUGUGUGACACACAACAUUAGAGGAUACCCUUACAUCACAGCUUUCAGGGGACAAGGAUGGCUUGGGACCUCCCAGUGUGUGUCUCCCAACACCCCACACCUACCCUACUCAAGGGUUGACUACCACGGGGUCAUUCAGGAAAAGGAUAUUAUGAAAUGGUUUGGAAAAGUAGCAGGAACAUCUAUUUUGAAUCUCAUGUUUGAAAAACCAAGUGAAGAAAUGAAAGAGGAUGUGAGGUUGAUUGGUACACUGAUUCCAAGAUAUUCUCGCUAUUUGCCCCGCCCCCCUCACACUAAGAACCCCAACUACUACUACUCCUACCAAUGCUUUAGGCUUGCAUGUGAAAGGUUGUUUGGAAAGGCAGUCUGUUACACAGUGUACAGCACAGAAAUACCUGCCAGAGAAUAUCAGGACCAGCACAUGGAACUGGUUGUAACCAAGUUGACAUUACAAAGGCGUGAUGGUGCAGAAACUGUGAUUACACAGUUGGGGAAAUCUUUGACAGCCAUUUUAGAGGAACAAGAAGGAACUGCCAUUCAUAGAUUUCACAGAAAGCACAGGUAUGCAUUUGGCCCUACCCUAAGAUGUGAGGAUGACCAUGGUGUGUGUACAGACUUUAUCAUGACCUUCACACUGGACCACGCCCGUCUCCCAGUCACCCACAUCACCUCAGAUGCUUUCCACACAGAAAUCAGGUCAGAAGAUGAGGAGUUACCUAUCCUGAUUGCUCUCAUACAUCAAGAAAACAUAACAGAAGACUCACCAUUUCUGCAGACACUGCAUGCUGUAGCCAGUGAGUUGUACGACCGUCUGGUGGUGACCACAUUAGAUGUCAAUCAAUAUCCAGCCUGGGCUGGACAGUUUGUUCCAGCUGAUUACCAAAAAACCCUCAUCAGAGAGGACAGAGAUGUUGAGAGUAUGUACUCCUAUCCAAGAAUGUGUAUUGUGUUCAGAAACGAUCAUAGAAAAGCUGCAUUUUAUCCACCACUGGGCAGAAACAAAAACUCUCCAAGAUGGUUCUUCAAAGAAAAUAUCCAGAAAUAUACAGAAAAAGUCUUAGCAAAUCCAAAUAAAUACAUGACUCAAACAGAACAUUUUUAGGAAGCUGUUUUGAAAUCUGUCAAGAAAUGGCAUCCCAAGCAAGAACGGAUUAAUUUGUACAUUUACGGUAUUCAUUCUUUUCAACUGUUGAAAUGAUCUGUAACCACCUGUCCCCUGCAUGCCCUGUUGCUUUUCAGGCAACUGAUGUAACUCUAAAAAGUGAAUGCUGAGGCCAUUAAAAAAAUCAUCUCUAGCUUCUCAGGCACCACCACAUCAAGUCAAACACUUUCGCAUCGAUCAAUUUUCUUGAACAUAUUGAAAAGGGAAAUAACUCAAUUCUUUAUUUUUCCAAGUUGAAAAAGCAAUUUGGGUUAUUCCCCUUUUCAUAUCAGUCAAUAGAUAGACGUUUUUAUUUUUCUUGUUAAAAUGGUAUUUUAUGAAUUAACUUUUACUCAGAUGUUUGGAGACAUUGGAGAACUAAAAAGUAAAUUCUGGAAAAAAGAGAUAACACCUGCUCCAAUAAAAAAAAAUCCUAUCACAUUAAAUUUUGAAAUUUUUGGACAAGAAACCUAAGAUUAAUUUUUUUUUGGCCUGACUUUUACAUUUUAAUCAUCUCCAAAGGGUUAUGAUAAAUGAUACAAAGGAAAUACUGUAAAUCACUUUUUAUUUGCUAGAACUUUAUUUUCAUGCUCUCAAAAAUUUCAUUCUCACGUGAGUAUUAUUGAAGAUUAAAUAGAACAAUAACCAGAAAUUGUAAAAAUUGUGAAAAUUUGAUGAUUUACAGUGAUCAAAAUAAAUAGAAGUUGGUUUAUUUACACUAGCUGUAUUUUAAUAUUUUAUCUUCAUCAUUCCCUUUUCCAUGCAUUGAAAGAAGAAUAUUUUUGAUUGUGUGCAUAAGCAAUGUAUGUAAACGUUACAUAUUAAUGAUGGAAUGCAUUAUUUAAUGUAUAAUAUUGAUAUGUCAAUGUGUGUACCCUGAUUAUGUAUCAUUGUACUUUCUAUAAGAAGGCAGCAUUGAAUGUAGGGAGAGUCUGUCACAGAGAAAGUGAAUACCAAGGAUGUGUGAGAGUUUUUCUUGCAAGUUGUUUAAAUCUGGUUUGUACUACACAGGUCUCAUUAGUCACUUGUGUCAUUUUAGUGAAGAUUUUUUUUAUGUUGUUAUUCAUAGCUGUUAGUUAACCUUGACCUUUACUUACUGUUCCUGAGCUGUGAUUAUUUAUCAAGCCGUCCAGCAACAUUAAUUUUUUUUAUGAACUUCAUGCUUACUAAAAACAAAUUACAACCGUUUUUUUUAAUGUUAUUUGUAUUCAUUUCUUGUGAAGACCAUAGUUGUGGGUUUUCAUUUCAUAUAUCAUUUACCAUCUCAGAAUGCAAAUAAGUUUCUCAAAUCUUAAAACAAAAGGCAGAUUUCAAAAAAUGUUAUCACCACUAAUUAAGCUCUUGCUUAGAACUGAAAAGUAUUUUUUAAAAAAAUUAUCAUUCUAUUUUAACUGUAAAGAUUUGACCUAAAAAUUUUGGAAAACUAUUCUUUAGAGUACUGUAGUAAUUGUAGCUUUCUGUUAAAUUUUAAUUAGGCCAUUCCAAUUGUUUUUCUAUGUUAAGUGUCCACCUAUCAUUCAAAAACCUAUCUACCUAUUCACAAAAAACACACACAAAAAAACAUAAGCUUAAAAAUAAAACACACACUAAUCGUGAUAUAGAAAUGACACCAUAUAAAGAAUUUGAUUCCACUAUUCAUUUUUCAUGUCGAAAGAUAUAUUUCAAAGUAUAUACCUAAUUUGUAAGAUUCUUGACAAUUAUGGAAAGGAAUUGCCGGAAUUCAAAAGGUUUCAACAAAAUAAUAAAUUUCUGGAUUUCUGAAUUAGUGGAUUUUCUGAUAUGGGUUGUCAAAAACCAUGUGCAUGGGGAUGCUAAACAGAAAAAAAAUUUGAAAUGGCCUCAUUUUAAAUAAGAAGUAAGACAAAGAAUUUUUUUUUGUUACAUUUUCCAGAUGGCUUGGUAUAUUUUUUGAACAACAACUAUGGCUGUGUAUUAUUUUUUGGUAGAUAACUUACAAGUGCAGCUGGCUGUGCUUUAAAAUAGACCUUUAUAUCAUUCUAUACUUCUGUUACUUUUUUUUCUUUAUAAAUAGUUGUUAUAUUUUAUUAACUUUAUA